UGAGUCAUAACAACAACAACAGCACCAAUAAUGACACUGCAAUUGGCCGACGAUCGCAACCAAUCGGUGUCCGCACAACUGGAUCAGGUGUACGACGGGGUGGACACACGACUGGCUACCUCUGGCGACCACCGGUGCCUCGAGUUGGCCGCCAAUUGUCGUCAACUCCGGGCGCGGACUCGAGCCGUACUGUCGGCCGCCAAACGCUAUGAUUAUCUCGACGUCGAGGCCAACGGCUACUGGACUUACGGCCGACUAGUGGUCAGGUUUGGUCAGCUGGUGGUCGACUCGCCCGACGAGCACUUCGGCACACAUUUGUUGCCCGUAUCGCAGGUUUUACUCUCGGGUCUCGACCUCUGCGACCAGUUUAUGGCACAAUCGCCGCCCGAAGACCUGUUUGUGGCCACCGCUGACAGCUUUCCUGAGCUGUUGCGCGUGUUUUCCUCAUUACAGCCGCAGUUGGAUGUGGUUUACGGCCUCUACUCGUCGUAUUGGUUGUGUCCGUCGAUGCGACGAGUGGUCAACGGCUUCACUACUUUGAUGGCCGUGUAUUCGGGCGGCGCCUCAACCGCCACACUUCGGACGCUCACUAAUCCGACCUUUAAGGCCAAAACGGUGGCCAACAUCGCCCGAUUCGCACGAGCUAUACCUCCGCCAGUGGGCUAUCAAACUAAA